GGGUUAAAAGCCGCCCCGUCCGCGGCUGCCCCGGCUCAGCGGUGUCCGGCCCCAGCAUGGCCCAGCAGCGGUGCCGCUCCGUGCUCAUCACCGGCUGCAGCCGGGGCAUCGGGCUGGGGCUGGCGCGGGGGCUGGCGGCCGCGAGCCCCGCUCCGGACUGGGUGAUCGCCACGUGCCGCUACCCGGAGAAGGCGCAGGAACUCCAGCAGCUCAGCACGCAGUAUAGCAACAUCAAACUACUCCAGCUUGAUGUGGUCUGUGAAAACAGCAUAAAGAAAGUAGUCCAGGAAGUGGAAGAGAUCUUAGGAGACAAAGGGCUGAACUGCCUCAUUAACAAUGCUGGUAUCAAUGUGGUUGCUUCCCUGGAAGAAGUCACGGCUGAAACCAUGCUCACCAUUUAUGAAACCAACACAGUCGCUCAGUUGAUGGUCACAAAGGCCUUUCUUCCCCUUCUGAGGAAGGCAGCCCAGUUGAGCACUGGUAUGGGUUGUCACCGAGCAGCCAUUAUCAAUAUGUCAUCUGUUGCUGCCUCCAUGCAACUGGUCCAGGCAAAUGAGAUGUUCCUCAAAGUCUAUCCCUAUAGAAUAGCAAAGACUGCACUGAAUAUGAUCACCAGGUGUCUUGCUGCAGACUUGAAAGUGGAUGGAAUCCUUUGUAUUUCUCUGCACCCAGGCUGGAUUCAAACUGAUAUGGGAGGAGACAUGGCUCCCUUGCAGAUACAAGAAGCUAUCCCAGGUAUCCUCUCAGUUCUGGCUAAUCUCAGCGAAAAAGACAACGGCUCCUUCCUAGACGGGCAAGGGGGAACACUACCAUGGUAACACACACCAUGGACUACAGGAUGGGAGUAGUGCCAGAAGUUAAAUCUUGGUUGGCGAUGUCUUUGUCUAGAUCUCUUUGACUAUUUCAACUAGUAUAUUAACAAAAAAAUCUGUUAUCCAACAUGUACAGAUAUUUGGAAGUUUUUUGCUCUGCUGUUCAAAUAACCUCCGCAAACCCUGAGAAGGAAACAGGAUAUGGGGGAACGAUACCUUUUAGCAAACACUCCAAUUUACCAAAACUACAGCUACGGGGGUGGGGAUUAUUCCUAUUGGAUUCCAAAACCAAAGCAGUAAAAAUACCAACUCUUAUGAGUGAGAGUUGCAGGUGAGACAUUCCAUUCAGUGGAGUUGGGCCUGUUUACAUCAGAUAAAGGGGUUGCUAUGGUCCCUGCUCCAAGUUGGAGGGACAUGUCAGGAUGGCUCCUGCAGGCUGAACUGCUCUGGUAACUCUUGUACUGUACCCACCUGAACAGCCUUGACCUGCUAGACUGAUUUAAAGACUGAAGCUUUAACCCUGGUCACUGCACUUCUGGAGAAGUGUCCCUAUGGUCAUGGCACAAGACACUUGUUUCCUUUCUUCCUGUGUGACCAAUCCCCUGGUCCAUGCAGGGGUGAGGUUUGUAUGUUUGACUCCUAACUUGUCUUCAAUAAAAGCUGCUUUUGUUUAAGCCAAAA